AAACUUUUGACGUUUCUAAUAACCUCAAAAUCUAAUUCAUUGUUAAUCUUUGUUCCUUGUUAUAAUUACGGUUUAAAAGCGAUUUAAAACAAAUUAAAUUAGAAAAAUGUCUCGUUACAAUUCAAAAUCAACAAAUCCUUUCGAAGAAGACGACGAAAUCGACGACGAAACCUUCCUAAAAAAUUCUCGACACCCCCAAGGUUCAUUCGACGACGAAUUGAAGAAACUCCAAGAGAAUCGUCGCGAUAUAGAGAAUCGAACUAUAACAAGCACCGAACGUAGUAUAGGGAUAUUAAGGGAUUCCGAGCAGAUUGGGAUUGCAACAGCAGAAGAAUUAGCAAGACAACGGGAGCAAUUAGAACGUACCGAUAAGCGUUUAGAUGAAAUCAAUGCGACUUUGAGGUUUUCCCAAAAACAUAUAAACGGGAUCAAAUCCGUUUUUAGUAGUUUAAAGAAUUUUAUGUCAGGAAAAAGUGAAUCCUCCCCAAAUCUACAACGAGGUGAAUCCAAGGAUGUAGAUUCACCGUUGAAGGAGACUUUGGGGAAUUAUGAUCGAUAUGAGAAUCACCCAAGUACAAGGCUUCAUCAAACGGAAGGUGGGGGUCAAACUCAAGCAUCGGGGAGUAAAAAUAUUAGCGCUAAGUUGGAUGCAAACUUACAAGAAAUGUCCACUUCUUUAUCAAGAUUAAAAGGAUUGGCGACUAAUUUAUCCUUUGAAAUUGAUAAUCAAAAUGAGUUGAUUGAUACAAUUGCAACGAAAACUGAUAAAGCUGAUGUUACGAUUCAAAUGCAAAAUAAGGAUAUGAAUAGAAUAUUGAAGAAGUAAAUGUUUAAUUAUUACAGUAAUAAUUCCAUUUUGAAACACUCAAAGAUAAAAGUAAUUUUUUUUUAAUAUUUUUUUAGUAUUGCUUUAUAAAAAAUGAAAUAAAUAUUGAUUGUAUAAAUGUAAUUUUGUGAGAAUCUAUAUUUAAGUGUAAUAUAAAUAUAAAUGUGCUUAAGAAGGUGUAAUAAAGGUAUCUAUUACUUGUUA